AUGUCACUUUUAUCAGUAUUUAGAGAUACAUUCUACUCUGCAGCAUCAUGUUGCUUUCCUAAUCCGACCAUCCAAGUCAAUAAGCGUACCUUUCGAGUCAUUCGUCUUCUAGGAGAAGGUGGAUUUUCGUUUGUCUACCUUGUUCAGGAUGUAUCUACCGGUCGUAACUUUGCUCUGAAGAAGAUUCGAUGUCCUUUCGGAAGCCAGGCUGUGGCAGACGCAAUGCGAGAAAUUGAUAUGUAUCGAAUGUUUCAGCAUGCGAAUAUAAUCAAAGUGGUGGAUACUAGCGUUAUGACAGACAAGGAUGGCACCAAGACUGUCUACAUAUUCUUACCUUACCAUAAGCAAGGCAACCUUCAAGACAGUAUAAAUGCCAACAACAUCAACAAAACACAUUUCCCAGAAAAGGAGAUUCUUAAUUUUUUCCGUCAAGUGUGCUAUGCUAUUCGUGUAUUGCAUACACAUCGUCUUCCUGAUGUUCCAAUGAAAAAUCCAGAGGAAGAGGAAGAAGCUAGAAAGCCAAGGCAGAAUUUGAUCUUACUAGAAAACAACUUGACUACAUCACCUUUGUCAGAGGAACCAUUGGUGCCAGUACCGGCACUGAGUUAUGUACCCCCUCCACCUAUGGAACAUAAGAAAGAAAAAGGAACAGUGGUACCGUUCGCUCACCGUGACCUUAAACCUGGAAAUAUAUUAAUUUCUGACGAUGGACAAAGUCCAAUCCUAAUGGAUCUUGGAUCAACUAUGCGGGCUCAUGUCGUGAUCAAAACGAGACAAGAUGCAUUGUUGCAACAGGAUCUUGCUGCCGAAAAUUGUACAAUGACUUAUAGAGCACCAGAGCUGUACGAUGUACAUACUGGAAUGGAAUUGAACGAAAAGGUGGACAUUUGGAGUCUUGGGUGUACCUUGUAUGCAACAGCCUAUGGACAAAGUCCAUUUGAGGCCAAUAUUAAUGAAAUCGGAGGAUCACUCUCGUUGGCUAUCCUAAACGGCCAAUACAAAUUCCCAACUCAGGACCCGUACAGCGAAUCUUUAAGAAACCUUAUCAGGUCAAUGUUGAUCGUAGAUCCAAAGGAACGACCUGAUAUCCACACAGUAAUUGCUGCAUUUGAUACUCUUUUGCAAAACCCAGGGCAUUAAACUUGAGACUGAAAAGAAAAAAGAGUUUCCAAAAAAUAUUUAAACUAUCUAAAGCUUUAGAAAAAACAACAACAACAACAACCAACAAAUAUCAACCCAAAAGAUGUCUUUUAUUACUAUUAUUACUACUAUUGUUAUUUCUAUUACUUCCUUUUAUUAUCACAAACAAUCAUACAAACACAUUCACACACCAAUACACACCCACCUACAUAUAUAAAAUUGUUCUUUAUUUCCAUGUCUUAUAUAAU